UAGAAAAUGAUGCGUCAUUUUGUUGCGUUUUCAUUACUGUUAUUCGUUUUGGAAAUCUCAGUCGAGGCGAGCUGGAGGGAAAAACUCAAAAAACUUGAACUUUGCUCCGUCCAUACUCCUCGUGCAUGCAAAGCACACUGCUUGGAAAGUAAUUGCCGAAACGGACAGUGCAGAGUUGUAGAACUAAGAAGAGAAGUUGCCGGAUAUAUAUGUGUCUGUGAGGAUUGUCCCGGUGGUCAGAAACAGAUGCGCGUCAUUUGAGCUUUUUGUGCAAACCACCACUAUGAAGUUAUUAUGAUGCGAUUUAGUCAAUGUUUACACCACACAACGAUAUUAUUCAAGUUAUCAGCAAUAUUCACAAUUUAACAAUUUACGAGAAAAAGCUGGUAUACUUAUUUUACCAUGUUAACACAAUUCUGUUCUUUGUCC